AUGACAAGUUUAAGUUCAAUCAAGGUGUCGCUGUUUGAAGGUAAAAACAUUGAACACUGGAGGUUGCAUAUGGAGAAUAUAUUCAUAUUCCAAGAGGUUUGGGAUAUUGUGAAGGAUGGUUAUGUAGAACCAGCAGAAGGAGCUGUAGCUGAAGGAGCUGUGCAAACUCUAUUGAAUGACAACAGAAAGAAGAAUUCUAAAGCUACAUAUAUUCUUCAUCAAGGAGUUCAUGAAUCUCUCAUGGACAGAGUUAUCUACAUUAAGCAAGCUAAAGCAGCAUGGGAUGGCUUAGUUAGCUACUACACAGGGUCUGAUAAGGUCAAGAAUGUUAGAUUGCAAACCCUAAAGAGAACGUAUGAAUUAUUACAGAUGGAUAGUACUGAAACAAUAUCAGAUUUUUUCUCAAAGAUUUUGAAUCUUGUCAAUGAGGUGAAAGCUAAUGGUGAUACUGUAGAAGAUUCAGCAGUUGUUGAGAAAAUAUUAAGAAGUUUGUCUGAAAAAUUUGAAUCAAAGGUGACUGCUAUAGAAGAGUGUAACACUGUUUCAACUAUGACUCUUAAUGAGUUAUUGGGUUCAUUACAAGCCUAUGAACAAAGAUUUCUAGAGAAGACAGUUGCUGCAAAACAAGUUGAAGAAGCACUUCAAAGUCAAGUUAGCUGGAGAAACAACCAAGGAAAACCUAAUGCUGCCAAUAUUGCUGAAAGUCAAGAAGAAGAAGAAGAAGAAACAGAGGAGCAGAAGACUGAAAACAUGUUACUAGCAUGUUAUACACCGGAAGAACAACCUCAACUUAAGUGGUACUUGGAUACAGGUUGCAGCAAUCAUAUGUGUGGCAGAAAAGAUUUGUUUGAAAGCUUGGAUGAGUCUGUAAGAUCAACAGUGAAGUUUGGAAAUAGUUCAACUAUUUCCAGUUAUGGGAAAAGGAAGAAUAUGAAUUGUUCUCAAGAAUGGUUCUAA